GGAAAAUGUGAACAGGAAGUUACGUGAUUCGGGGCGGGUCUACGGAACGGACGCCGGGGAAAGGGCGCAGGCAGGGUUCCCCGUGAUCCGCGCGCCGUCCGUUCGCGUAGCAGGCAUCCCCUCGAUCCACCCGCUGUCGGCUCGCGCAGGCGUUCCCGGGACACUAGGGAUCCACAUACCGGCGUUAAGUGACGGGCGAUUCGCGGCGAGCUGCUGAGUCAGGGACGCCGGGCGGCCGCGGAUCUUUUUCCGCCGCUUGCUGAUGGUUUUACGCCGCCGCAUGUUUAGAUACACAUGGCUGAUGGCUGCUGUUUAUCACCAGUCACGCGUGUUCGCCACAAGUUGGUCGCUAACCUUGACCUAAACGUACAUAAAGUAGGUAGAAAAUAUCAUUUUACAAAACGUGAGGCGUACGAGUGUAGUUGAUUAAUAUAGUGGUUAGGAGUUAACGCAGAGACUUGUGAAGGAUUAACGCCUGAAUCCGGUGUUGCCCGGUCGCACACGUGUGCAGUGACACAGAGACCCCCUGCUUUAAUCCAAGAGGACUUGUGAACGUUCACCAUGGCUGAAGACACGUUGAUGCUGAAUAUGACUUUAACCCCAGCUGUCCACACGCACAAGAAGCGGCACACACCGCUCAGGACCUCGGACAAAUGGAAAAUGAGAAAAGCAGAGAAGCGGAAAGCUCUACAGGGGGCUCAAAAAAGCCCCCCCUUCAAAAAGACACGCGUCACUUCCGAAAAGAAACCUGCCCACACUGACCAGCAGCCACCACACCAGGGUCAGACCAGCCCCCAAAAAAGGAACUUCAAGAGUCUGCCGCAGAACCAAGGGAGGGUUGAAAAACGUAGCCCGAAAUUGCCAAAACCCCCUAAGGUCAGUCAGAAGAGUCACCCAGACAGCCAAAGGAAAGAAGAGAGAGGGUUCAUGAAGACCUCAUCCUUGUUCAGAAACAACCCAGAGAUCCCAGAGAUGCAGAGGCCUACAGUGACUCGGCUAAAGGAGAAGGUCUUCACCAGUUGCUCCUUUGUUGAUCUUGAUCUCCAUCCACACUUGGUAUCAACUCUGAAUAAUGUCUUGAAGGUGACAAGCAUGACAAGCGUUCAGAAGCAGACGAUCCCCGUGCUGCUGGCAGGGCAGGAUGCGGUGGUACGCUCCCAGACGGGGUCAGGUAAGACCUUGGCUUACGGGAUUCCGCUGGUUCAGUCUCUGCAGGCAGUCCAACCAAAAAUCAAGAGGGAGGAUGGUCCGUUUGCGGUCGUCGUGGUCCCCACCAGAGAGUUGGCACAGCAGAGCUUCCUGAUCAUCCAGAAGCUGCUGAAGCCCUUCACCUGGAUUGUGCCCGGAGUCCUCAUGGGAGGAGAAAAGAGGAAAUCUGAAAAAGCCAGGUUGCGUAAGGGCAUUAAUAUCCUGAUCGCCACUCCUGGCCGGCUGGUCGACCACAUCAACAACACGCUGAGCAUAGCUUUCAGUGCUGUGCGCUGGCUCAUUCUGGAUGAAGCUGACCGGACUCUGGACCUGGGCUUUGAGAAGGACCUCACGGUGAUCCUGAAUGCCCUGAAUGCCUCUGGCCCCCCCAGACAGAACGUGCUGCUGUCAGCCACCCUCACAGAAGGUGUUACUAGACUUGUGGGGAUCAGCUUGAAGGACCCGGUGAGCAUCCACGCCUGCGAGGCCCCAGAGCAGAGUGGGGCCGAGGCGUCCGCGAUGCUGCCUGACAGCUUCGCCGUCCCCGAGAAGCUCCAGCAGCACAUGGUCCUGGUGCCCAGCAAACUGCGGCUGGUCUGCCUGGCGGCCUUCAUCCUGGCCAAGUGCAGGUUCGAAGGUGCCCACAAGAUGGUCGUGUUCCUGUCGAGCUGCGAGGCCGUGGGGUUCCUGCUGCGCCUCUUCACCACUGUACUUGCUGAGCAGGAGGAGUCCUCAGCCUCCGCAGAGGAGCAGGCACGCCCCCCCCUGCGCUUCCUGCAGCUCCACGGCGGCAUGGUCCAGGAGGAGCGGACGGAGGUGUUUCAGGACUUCUCCGGGAGCACGUCUGGCAUCCUCCUUUGCACGGACGUGGCUGCCAGGGGCUUGGACCUCCCACAUGUGACUUGGAUUGUGCAGUAUGACCCCCCGGCAUCCCCCGCUGAGUAUGUGCACCGGGUGGGCCGCACGGCCCGCAUAGGGGCACGGGGCAGCAGCCUGCUCUUCCUCACGCCCUCAGAAGCAGCCUAUGUCGCCGCGCUGGCCGAACACAACAUCAGCAUGUCAGAGAUGAAGAUGGAGGACAUCUUGGCGGGCCUCAUGUUGGAUGAACGCUUCAAAGGCAGGAGUAAAUGGGGCAACAAGAAGUCUGCCGGGGCCUUACAGCAGGAAGUGCGUGUGAGAGCCACAGUGCUGCAGACAGAGUUUGAAAACACUGUGCACAGCACCAAAGCCUGCGUUCAGGAAGCAAAAAAAGCUCUGCAGUCCUUCCUGAGGGCGUACGCCACCUACCCCGCCAGCCUGAAGCACAUAUUCCACAUCCGUAGGCUGCAUCUGGGCCAUGCCGCCAAGAGCUUUGGCCUGAGGGACGCCCCCCAGGGCCUGGGUGCCGGGGCGGGGGGCGGGUCAAAGGCUGGCAAGAGGGACGACCGCGGGAGGAAGCGACCCCCCGGGAAGCCGAACCGGAAGGAACGAGUAGCGAGCCUCCUGUGCUCAGAGUUCGCGAGCGGCCUGGACAGCCGCUCGGCUCCCCGGAAGAAGAAGCCGCAGCAGAUGGACUGAGGGAGCCGGAGGGUCGUCGAACAGUCAGCCAAGGCCCUGCGGCAGAGAGCCAUGGCGCGGUCCCUGCCCUCGUCACCUGCGGCUGGGCCGCAGGGGUCGCAUGUCUUGCCAUCCAGGUGCUCUAGGAAAGGCUGGGGGCCUCCUCACCUUGACCCUGUCGUCACGCCUUGGCCCCGCCUCUGCCCCACCAUGGCCCCGCCUCUGCCCCACCAUGGCCCCGCCUCUGCCCCACCUUGGCCCCGCCUCUGCCCCACCUUGGCCCCGCCUCUGCCCCACCUUGGCCCCGCCUCUGCCCCACCUUAGCCCCACCUCUGCCCUGCCUUCAUGGUGUUCCUUGCAUCUCAAUGUUUUCACUUCCCUAUGUGAGGAUUUUUAUAUAACCAUGUAUAUAAAUUGGCUGUUAUUUACUUUUAUGGUUUGCUACUUCCCAAAUGGAGCCUGUAUUAAAUACUAAACAAGC